AUGGCAGAGCAACUUGCUGAUAUUCUGAAACAAAUUCAGAAUCAAAAUCAUCAAGACAAUCUUGCAAUGCAGAAUCUUAUCGCAAAAUUGUUUAAAGAAGGAAAAUCAGAAGUAGCGGAGCAUUCAUCGUCAACAUCCAAGCCAACAGAACCAGAAUUCAUAAUUGAAGCACUUGCAUCAAACAUCACAGAAUUUUGUCACGAUCCAGAAAAUAACAUUACAUUUGACACUUGGUACAUGCGGUACGAAGAUCUGUUUCUAAUCGAUGCUGCAAAAUUGGAUGAUGCCGCAAAAACACGAUUGCUUUUACGUAAAUUGAACACCAUUGUUCAUAAUAAGUACACCAAUUAUAUUCUACCAAAUCAUAGUCGUGAUUUUACUUUUAAAGACACAGUAGAAAAACUUAAGAAACUUUUUGGAAAUCAGAUUUCAUUAUUUAAUACUAGAUUCAAUUGCUUACAGAUAACAAAGCAGCCCACACAAGAUUUCGUUACAUAUGCGAGCAUGGUUAAUAAGCAAUGUGAAUUAUUCAAACUGAAUGAUUUAACUACAGAUCAAUUUAAGUGUCUAAUAUUCAUUAUGGGGUUAAAGUCACCAUCAGAAUUUGAAUUACGCACAAAAAUGUUAAAUAAAUUGGAAAAUGAAAGCACGAAAGUCACGUUGGAGACCUUAUCAACAGAAUGCCAAAAGAUACUAAAUUUAAAAGUCGAUACAAUGCUCAUAGAAAGCAAUGCACAGGUAAAUCGUUUACGUGUCAAUAACCAUAAAACUGAAAAACAAAUCAAAAAUAAUGGCAGGUCAAAAGAAUCUUCAAGUUUACCGAAAACACCUUGUUGGUUUUGUGGUGAAUUUCAUUACUCGCGGCACUGUCCAUUCAAAAAUCACAAAUGCGACAGAUGCAAACUUGUCGGGCAUAAAGAAGGAUAUUGCAAAUACCGAAAAACUCAAAAUGAAAAUCAAAAAUACCAUAAAAUUGAUAAGGGCCGUCAAUUCAAUUCCAAAAGCAUCUUUACUACAAACAAAGUCAAUAUGAUUAAUCGCAAAUACAUAUUAGUCAAAAUUAAUGGCACACCAUUAAAUUUGCAACUUGACACAGCAUCAGAUAUAACAAUAAUUUCUGAAGACAAUUUCAAAAAAAUCAAAGCCGAUAAUGUUAGCGAAUCAGAACAUACAGCACGCAGUAAUCACAACGAAACCAAACGUUCAGCCAUUGAAGAUGAACUCAAAAGACUCCAAGAAUUAAAGGUUAUUUCACCAGUAAACUUCUCCGCAUGGGCAGCACCUAUAGUUGUUGUGAAAAAAACAAACGGAAACGUACGCAUAUGUGCUGAUUUCUCAACUGGUCUAAACAACUGCCUCGAAUCACAUCAAUACCCAUUACCAUUACCAGAAGAUAUAUUCUCAAAAUUGGCAAAUUCAAAAAUAUUUAGCCAUAUAGAUUUAUCGGAUGCAUUCUUACAAAUCGAGGUUGAUGAAGCAUCGAAACAUCUACUAACAAUAAAUACACACAUCGGGCUAUUCCAGUACAACAGAAUGGUUUUUGGAAUAAAAACAUUUCCAGCAAUUUUUCAACAAAUUAUGGACCAAAUGUUAGCAGGACUAAAUUGCACUGCAUCAUAUAUUGAUGACAUAUUUGUUUCCGGUAAAACAGCAUCUGAACAUACAGACAAUUUAUAUGCAGUUCUUACAAGGCUACGGUACAUCAUUAAUCAAGAAGGGUUAAAACCUGAUCCAGAACGUAUUGCCGCUAUCAAGCAAAUGCCAGAACCAUCAAAUAUUACAGAAUUACGUUCUUUUCUUGGCGCAAUAAAUUUUUACGGGAAAUUUGUUCCGAAGAUGCGUGACUUAAGAGGACCACUUGAUAAUUUACUUUUACUUAAAUGUAAAAUGGAAAUGGGACGCGAUACAUCAGAAGUUUUUCCAUCAUCUUAA